UGAAAAAUAGUGAAUUAACUCUCAACACUGUGAAGGAGGAUGUCCCAGAAGAUUGCUGCUUCUGCAAUAGAGCUCAUUCGCAGACGAAUUUCGCCUCAAUUUUCUGGUAAUUUUGUGUUGCCCAACAAUGAUCCAUUUUUACCUUCUACUUUUCAUAGUUCUUCCCAUAAAGACGGCCCAUUUUCAUCCAAACCCAGAAUAGAUUUCAGUUCUAUAAAUGAUGUAGAUGAUGCUGUUUGCUUGUUUCGUGAUAUGGUGAGAUUGCGGCCACAGCCUUCUGUUUUUCAAUUCAACAAGCUGCUAAGUGUUGUUGUCAAGAUGAAACACUAUUCUGUUGUCCUUUAUCUGUUCGACGAAAUGCGUCAAUUGGGUGCCCCUGUAGAUGAGAUCACAAUGAAUGUUGCAAUCAAUUGCUAUUGCCUUCUGAAUCGAGUGGAUUUUGGGUUUGCUAUCUUGGGUACCUUCUUCAAGCGCGGUUGCGAACCAAAUGUAACCACUUUCGGCACUCUUAUAAAAGGGCUCUUUCUGGUUGGUGAGAUUGCUGAGGCAGAAAAAUUGUUUAAAAAGUUGUUGUCUGAAAAACUGUGUGAACCUGAUGAAAUUAUGUAUCUUAUUGUGCUAAAUGGUCUCUCCAAAGCUGGACGCAUCCUCGCUGCCCGUGAUUUACUUGGGCAUUUUGAAAACAUGAGCUGCAAACCCAAUGUUAAAGCCUACAAUGCAGUGAUUGAUGGUUUGUGCAAGGAUCAAAUGGUUGAUGAUGCUCUCCAUCUCCUAUCCAGAAUGAUUGAGAAGGGUAUUUCACCUAAUGUUGUUACAUAUAGUUCAAUGAUUCAGGGCUUAUGUAAUGUUGGUAGGUGGGAAGAUGUUAAAGUCUUGUUAAAGGAAAUGUUGUAUAACAAGAUUUCUCCCAAUGUGUGGACUUGUAGUAUAUUGGUGGAUGCAUUUUGCAAGGAAGGAAUGGUGGAAGAGGCUGAGAAUGUUUUGGGAAUUAUGAUGCAAAGAAAGGUUUGUCCUAAUACUGUCACAUACAAUGCGCUGAUUGAUGGAUAUUGCUUGCGGGGCCAAAUGGGUAAAGCAAAAAGAGUACUGGAUUCCAUAGCGGACAGGGGACUUACACCUAGCAUCAUCAGUUAUAGUAGUUUGAUCAAUGGAUAUUGCAAGCAGGGAAUGGUAGAUGAAGCUUGGCAUCUCUUUCUGGAUGUUUCUUGUAAAGGAUUAGAGCACAAUACAAUUACCUACAGCACCAUGAUACAUGGAUUAUUUUGUAAGGGUAGAUUUGCUGAUGGCUGGAAGCUUUUCAACGAUAUGGAAGCUCGGUGUAUAAUGCCUGAUUUACAGACUUAUACUAUCUUGUUGGAUGGCUUGUGCAGAACUCAGCAGAUUGCUCAAGCAUUUUCAUUUCUAUGCAUGAUGGAAGACACAGGUGUUAAUCCUAGUAUAAUUGCAUAUACUAUAGUCAUUGAUGGCUUAUGCAAAGUUGGAAAACUUGACAUCGCCAGAGAUCUUUUUAAUCAACUUCCUUCCAAAGGUUUGCAACCCAACACCAAAAUAUAUAGCAUCAUUAUUGGUUCACUUUGUCGAGAAGGACUUGUAGAGGAUGUAAAAGUCUUGCUUACUGAAAUGGAGAAAAGUGGUUGUGCACCUGAUAGUGUGACAUACAGAGUCAUGAUUCAGGGUUUUCUGAAGAGAAAUGAACUUUACAAUGCAAUGCCCCUCAUGGAGGAAAUGUACAAAAGGGGGUUCUUAGUCGAUGCAGCUACUGCAUACAUGUUACUUGAUCAGCUGCAACUAAAAGGUAAAGACGAUAUUCUACUGGAACUUAUUAAGAAAGUUGUUCCAAAAAAUGAAGAUCUAUUUGGCUUCGGGAGGAUGUCGCAGAAGAUUGCUGCUUCUGCAAUAGCUCUCAUUCGCAGACGAAUUGCGCCUCAAUUUUCUGGUAAUUUUGUGUUGCCCAACAAUGAUCCAUUUUUAUCUUCUUCUUUUGAUAGUUCUUCCCAUAAAGACGGCCCAUUUUCAUCCAAACCCAGAAUAGAUUUCAGUUCUAUAAAUGAUGUAGAUGAUGCUGUUUGCUUGUUUCGUGAUAUGGUGAGAUUGCGGCCGCUGCCUUCUGUUUUUCAAUUCAACAAGCUGCUAACUGUUGUUGUCAAGAUGAAACACUAUUCUGUUGCCCUUUCUCUGUUCGACGAAAUGCGUCAAUUGGGUGCCACUGUAGAUGAGAUCACAAUGAAUGUUGCAAUCAAUUGCUAUUGCCUUCUGAAUCGAGUGGAUUUUGGGUUUGCUAUCUUGGGUACCUUCUUCAAGCGCGGUUGCGAACCAGAUGUAACCACUUUCGGCACUCUGAUAAAAGGGCUCUUUCUGUGUGAACCUAAUGAAGUUAUGUUCCUUACUGUGCUAAAUGGUCUCUCCAAAGCUGGACACAUCCUCGCUGCCUGUGAUUUACUUGGGCAUUUUGAAAACAUGAGCUGCAAACCAGAUGUAUAUGCCUACAGUGCAGUGAUUGAUGGUCUGUGCAAGCAUAACAUGGCUGAUGAUGCUCUCCAUCUCUUUUCAAGAAUGAUCGAGAAGGGUAUUUCACCUACCGUUGUUACGUAUAACUCAACGAUUCAGGGGUUAUGCGAUGUUGGUAGAUGGAAAGAUGUUAAAGACCUGCUAAAUAAAAUGCUGGAUAACAAGAUUUCUCCUGAUGUGCGGACUUGUAAUAUAUUGGUGGAUGCAUUUUGCAAGGAAGGAAUGGUGGAAGAGGCUGAGAAUGUUUUGGGAAUUAUGGUGCAAAGAAAGGUUUGUCCUAAUAUUGUCACAUACAGUGCGCUGAUUGAUGGAUACUGCUUGCGAGGGCAAAUGGGUAAAGCAAAAAGAGUAUUGUAUUCCAUAGAAGAAAGGGGACUUAAGCCUUCUACGUUUAGUUAUAAUAGUUUGAUCGAUGGAUAUUGCAAGCAGGGAAAUAUCGAUGAAGCUUGGCACCUCUUUAUGGAAAUUUCAUGUAAAGGAUUACAACACGACACAGUUACCUACACCACCAUGAUACAUGGAUUAUUUUGUAACGGUAGAUUUGCUGAUGGCUGGAAUCUUUUCAAUGAUAUGGAAGCUCGGUGUAUAAUGCCUGAUUUACAGACUUAUAAUAUCUUGUUGGAUGGCUUGUGCAGAACUCAGCAGAUUGCUCAAGCAUUUUCAUUUUUAUGCAUGAUGGAAGACAUAGGUGUUAAUCCUGGUAUAAUUACGUAUGCUAUCGUCAUUGAUGGAUUAUGCAAAGGUGGAAAACUUGAGAUCGCCAGAGAUCUUUUUAAUCAACUUCCUUCCAAAGGUUUGCAACCCAACACCCGCAUAUAUAACAUCAUUAUUGGUUCACUUUGUCGAGAAGGACUUAUCGAGGAUGUAAAAGUCUUGCUUACUGAAAUGGAAAAAAGUGGUUGUGCACCUAAUAGUGUGACAUACAGAGUCAUGAUUCAGGGUUUUCUGAAGAGAAAUGAACUUUACAAUGCAAUGCCCAUCAUGGAGGAAAUGUACAAAAGGGGGUUCUUAGCCGAUGCAUCUACUGCAUCCAUGUUACUUGAUCAGCUGCAACGAAAAGGUAAAGACGAUGUUCUGCUGGAACUUAUUAAGAAAGUUGUUCCAAAAAAUGAAGGUCUCUUCGGGUUCACCUGAUCUAGCAUUGGGCUGCCAUCUGCUGGAACUGAUUAAGAAGGUUGUUCCGAAAAAUGAAGGUCCCUUCGGGUUCACCUGACUUAGCAUUGGGCUGCCAAGCAAACGUCAGUAUGUCGGGGUUUUACUGUAGGUAUUCUCUCAUAAGCAAAUGGGUAAAUCUAAUUGGAAUACUGCUUUAGUGAGGAACAUGAAACCUGCAGAUGACAUCUUGGGCACUUUCUUUCUGGUCUGGAACUUGAAACCUGCAGGUAACUAGCUACGGAUUUAGUUUGUCAGGACUUGAGGUUACUUCCAAAGAAUUGGACAGACUGUAAAUCCUUCAGACUUUAUACCAAUUACAUUGAUGUACGUAAUGCAUCCAAAGUUUGAUCCUCCGUUAUGCACAGUGAGAAGCUGUUUGAUAAUAUAAGCUGAUCGAACUCGAAUUGGCAAGUUGCUAUACUAUUUCUUCUCAAUUACAAGUUUAAGACUAUCUAUCUUUGUUUUUUGUGUUCAAUUUUGGGGAGUAACGAGCUUUGCUGUGAGCAGUUCUACAUAUCUUUAAAGGGUGAUACUUAUGCUUUAAAGAGCUAAAAUGAUGAUCCAGCUGCACUAUGUUACUUUGUUUAUAAUCCGAUCUUUUUGUUGGCAAAUGUUGUGAAACUCUAAGAAUAGGUGUAUCGCUGUAUCCAAGAACAUCUAAUGAAAUGCCAAAAUGAAAAUAAUA